AUGGUGAGGUGACUCUGUGGUUAUUUAGGGUCGUGUUGCUGCUGGUAGGUGCUUAUUAUAGUGCGGGUGGACGGGAGCACUCAGUUUAUUCGGCCAUUAGGGUUGACGGCCAAACCACGCCCACCAAGAAAUUAGAUUUUGUCUAAGGCAAAGUAAAGUUUUUGGGUUUUUUUACAAUAAGAACAAUAAGGAUGUGUGAUUAUCUGCCUGAAGAAGUGGUUUUAUCAGAGUCUAUAGAGAAAUUUGAACAGCAAUUCGAUAUUACUGCAAAACAAUAAUAUUCAGAGAUAUAGUUCAUUUGUGGUUUAAUAGCUUUUUGAUCCAAUGAGAUAUCUGACUGCUAUUCUGGGAUCAAGUGGAAUUUUUCCUUAGUUUGCUGCAAAACAAAUGUGAUAAAGGCUGAACUUGAUGGAUGCAUGUCCCUUUUCAGCUAUGUAACUAUGUAAAGUACAUUCUUCACAAAGUGAAGAGUGAUUGAUAGGUGUACGACUGAAAUAAACUUAUAUAUUACUUAAAGCAGCACUGUCAUGGCAGAAUCCUGUUUUUUCGCCCUCUAAGGCCCCCAUAUUACCUAUUUUUGCAUCUUUAUUUUGUUCCCGGAACUAGCUCCUAGGUGCCGCCAUCUUUGUGUGGGUAGAUGAAUGGGACAUGUCAUCUGCCCGCACUAGAUAGCGCUGUGAAAUUCCUGCGCAUGCACAGUUAAACACUUGGGCAAGCAAACGGGAAUUUCAUCUAUUCAUUAAUGUGUCAAAAAGUCAAAUAAAUUAAUAGAAAUUUAAAACGAAUGAAUGAAGACCUCUUUGUUAGUUUGUUUGGUUUAUUACAAGGAGGGAGCUACCGGUGCGCAGCUCCCUCCUUGUAAUAUGUAAAAAUAGAAGCGGCAGGGAGCAGUGCUCCCCGCCACUUCCUAAGCCCCCCAUGUCCUCCCUUACUCUGUGGGGGUCAAUAUAAUAGUAUAAUGGAUAUUAAAAUCUCACGAAUGCCCCUACUCGCUAUGCCAUGAGUAGGGGCAUGUUUACUAAACAGUAAGCAGCCAGUGGCUGCCCACUAAACCCCCCUAACAAAUGCCCCCAUGGUGGGGCAUCUAUUAACUAGCAGGGGGUGUGUCCCCCCCAAUCCCCCACCUGUGAGUGGCGGGCAGGGGUCCUAAAUCACAGUAAGGGGGAAGGAUCUAUUGUCCUACCCCCGGCCCACACCCAUGAGCGGCGGGUGGGGGCCCUAAAUGAAAAUGGGGGGUGGACCUAGUGUCUUCCCCUGACUCCCACCCCUGUGCAGCAGGUGGGGCCCUAAAUAACAACAAGGGGUGGACCUAUUGUCCUCCCUCCUGGCCCCCACCCCUGAGCAGUGGGUGGGGACCCUAAAUAACAAUAAGGGGGGGAAACUGUCACAGCACUCUCAUUGGCUGGCUUGAAAUCCAACUAAUCAGAGUGCUCUGUGUCAUUUUACACAUUUGACUCAUAACACUGUGAUUGGUUUAUUGAAAGCAACCAAUCAGAGUGUUGCUUUGAGUCAAAUUACACAGCGUGGGAAAAUUCAGAAGAAUUUUCCCACACUGUGCAAAAUGAUACAGAGCACUCUGUUUGGAUUUCAAGCCAACCUAUCAGAGUGCUGUAACAAAUAAAUGUAGAGACUUACCUGUCAGUCGUUUUGUAUACCUGUCAGAGCACUCUGAUUGGUUGGCUUAAACCAACCAAUCAGAGCGCUCUGAGCCUAAUUGCAGGGCGUUGAAAGGCUUUAUAAGCCUUUCCCCACCCUGCGGAGCUCAGUCUGCACGGUGUCCUCCAUGGGUGAAGAUGCCGCUCAGAGGUGGGGGCGGACAAUAGGUCCCCCUCCCUCAUUAUAAUUUAGGGCCCUUACCCGCUGCUCAUGGAUGGGGGCAGGACGGCAGGACAAUAGGUGUCCCCCCCCCCAUUUUCGUUUAGGGCCUCCACCCGCCGCUCAGGGGUGGGGCUCAUCGGGAGGACACUAGGUGUCCCCCCCCCCUUAUUAUAAUUUAGGGCCCCCACCUGCCCCUCAUGGUUGGGGUCUGGGGGUGGAGGACAGUAGGUCCACCCCCAUUGUCAUUUAGGGCCCCCACCCGCCGCUCAGGGGUGGGGCCGGGGGGGCCAAUAGGUCCCCCGUUCAGUUUAAGAACCCCCACUCGCGGGGCUCGGGAGUGGGGGAUACUAUGAGGUUUUCAUUGUUUUUUUUAACCGCCUCAGGCUGCUCACUGUUUAGUAGACAUGCCCCUACUCGCGGAAUAGCGAGUAGGGGCAGAUUAUUUAACAAUACUAAGUAAUUUUUACUUAGUAUUAGUGAAGUUGACUGAAAGACCAAUUUAGGUAGAUACCGUGGGAAUUAAGGAGUUAUCUACUAAGUGGCUGCAAGAUGCAGCCGCAGCAUGAAUCGGAUCAGAAUUUCAUUAAUUCGGCUGUUUCGCCGGCGUUCUGUGUAAGUGACAGGACGUUUGGGAAUACUGAUAGGAAGCAUCGCGAGUUCACGGAGGAAAGGUAAGAAUUGUGGAAAAAUUGCUUUGACUACAGGAAACGGAGCACACUUUGCUCCUCCGCUGGUCAAAGCUGGUCAAGUGUAGGAAACCUUCCUAAGACAAAUUAGUCCCUACUUUGUCUUAUGUUUUAAAGAAAACUAGAGCAGACUGGAAAAAAUGAAGAACAGAUCCUGACAGAGGGAGAGAAGAGGAGUCGAUUAAAGAAGGUAAGUUCUGCAUGACAGUGCCGCUUUAAAUUAGAGGAGAAAGAGAAGCUGGGUUUGUGAAGAUAAUUGAGGAGGAUAGUUGAUAUGUGUUGGGUUUUUAAAAAGUUCUUACUGGAGAAUAGAUUACAGUCAAAUAGGCAGAGGAAUAAUACAAGUCUAGAUAUGUUUUUUCAGUGAGAGGUGGGAGAGCAAGUGUAAACAAUGAAAUAGCCCUGUUCUAGAAUCCUCUUCUUUUUUUUUUUUUCUUUUUUUUUGUACACCAGCUGUUGAUUUCAUAGGUGGGUUGGCUAGGUAAAUUGCAGCCCUACUGAAUCCUAAUUAGAAAAUAGGUAGCAUAAUGUUAUCCCCUCCAAAUCCAAUAUAUAUGCUGAGUGUUUGUAACAAGCUACUUUUAUUAGAUUGGCCCAGAUGAAUUGGCAACAAUUAUGUUACUUUUGAGUCAAGAGACUAUAUGUUAAUACAUUUCACAGGCCAUUACCGUAGAUUAUUUUAAUAGGCAACAGCAGUCUUUAAACGGUAUCUGAUACCUAUAAUUACAAAAGGUCAUAUUCUUUUAUACAUACUAGAUUCUAAGCCAGCAGCUAUUUAAAAAAAAUAUAUAAAAUCUUCCCUUAUUUUAGGAUCGGUUUAAUAUAGUCUUCAAUUUGCUCAUCCUAUGAAUCUCAAGGCAACCAUGUUCUGAGUUACUGUUUACAUAUAAGAGCACUUAAUGAGUGCUACCAAAGAGAUAAACAUAAUGAGAGUUGCAUUGAUUGUGAAAUUGUCCACAGUAAAGGGGAUUUCAAAACUGAAAUUUGUAGUUGAGUGGAGACUAAGGCAUAACAUAGGAGAAACGUUUGCUGUUACAUUAGGUCCAUAACACUUAUGUUAAAGCAGGAGUGGAGACAGACUUUGAAUAUUAAAACUUAUUUGAUAUUCCAUUUACAGGCAAAUAAUCCUUGCAGAUGUUGAACUUGACUUUUUCUUUUUAGGAUAUCACCACCCUCAUUCUGGAGAGACUGUAUGUUUGCCUUGGUAAGAGGUCUAAGGAUGCAAACAGUUCCACAUUCAGCUUCCUAAAAUAUUUCACUGAACAUGAACUGUAAUUCUGAGGAUUGACAUGUCCACAGCGUGCUCUUCAUGCAGACAGGUGCUGAUCCCCACAACUAUUCAGCUUGACAUUUUUUUGAAGCUGAUUUAUAUUAAAGGCAUGUUAGAAGUGGUUAGGGUAAAGGAGGGGUUUAAGAUUAUAUAGAAGUUAAAGGUACACUCUGGGCACCAUAACAACUAAAUUGAAAGGAUGUCAAAAGGCCCUUUCUUACCUGAAGAGGUUAUAUAGUUUUCAAACUAUUUUACCCCAAAGGUAGCCUCCAUCUCCAGUUCCCCCAGUGGCAUCCGCUUCUGGCAUUGACUUUCAUAAAGAGCAGAGUGUUGCCAGGCAGGGACACAGAUGAUUGGCUAGAGUGGUCAUUUGCUGCUCUGAGCCAAUCAUUAGUUCCCUAUUCAUAAACUAAUUGACCUCUCUAGCCAUUCAGAGGUGUCCCUGUCAGUGACAUUCUGUGCUUCCUAAAAGUCCAUUACAAAAGCCAGAUGUUGCUGGGGAACUGGUUUAACUCCUGUAAGUAAGAAGGCGCCUAGAGACCUCAUGGAACCACAACAACUUCACUUUGAUGUCAAAAUUAGAUUACUUAUAGUGUUAAGUCUUAAAAUGAUCAAAAGUUGGAGGGGGAUUAUAGUUAUGAUAUAAUGUGUAUUUUGAAUUAUUCGGUUUAGGGUAAGAGUAGGGCUAAAUUUUGUAUUUGGGUACAUGGGAUGUUUAAUUUUGGUUUAAAUAAUCUUAGAUUCGUUUUUUUCCAGGAUUAGGCUUUUGAGUGCGAAAAUACAGCACUGAGGUCUAUGAAGGAUUCUGUGAGGGGAAUGACCAGGAUUGACGACAAAUUUCAGUGAAAUUCCAACUCAGUCAAUAUGAGCAUUUCAUAAAGAUUAUAUGUGGGGGACAGUGCCACUUUAAUAAUCUACACAUUGCAAAGAUACUGUGCCUGACACACCAUUAAAUAUUUACAUGAAAAAAAAAAACACUGGUUUGCUUGCAGAUCUUUCUAAUUAAUAUAAAUUAAGUAUAUAGAUACCUAGUUGUUGAAUAUGUUAAACCACCAAAUUAUGAUAACAUAUUAAAACCAGAAGAAUCAGGGAAGUUGUAUUGAUACAAUAUUUGGAGACGUAACUUUUUGCCACACCUCGUUUAUAAGGAAGCCAAUUUGUAACCUAUUUGCACAUAUAAAUGUUUUGUAGCAGAGAGCAGUUUAGUGUUGUACAUAUAUUUUUUAUACUACUCUUUUAUUUAUAUUGUAUAUGCCUAAUAGCUAGUCACAUGACCCUUCUACUAAUAACUACAAUUAUAUAUGUUUGUAUUAAUGAAAGCUAUAAACUUUAGGUACUCUAUAGAUUAAAGUGAUGGCAGAAUAUAUCAUCUUUAAACAUCAUUUUAUAGCUUCCUUUCUUUAAACCUUUCCAUAGGAUUGAAUCAGAAAGUAACUUGCAUAUCUAAUGCAUUGCUUAAAGCAGGGGUAGUCAACCUUUUUCUGCCUACCGCCCACUAAUGCAUCUUUCUUGGUGGAAAAAUUUCCUUACCGCCCACCAGUUUUUGCGCAAGUGCAGAAUAUUUUUUAGAAAGGAGGGUGUUUUAAAAAAAAUAAAUAUGUACAUACAUUUAUCUUUUUAUUUCUACUUAAUGCAUGUUUACAGUGUUUUUAACUUUAUAAAGUUUAAUGAGAAAAUAAAGUAAAUUGAAAUUACCUUUACUAGUGAUUAAUGAGAUCCUUGAGGUUGAUGCUGCGAGACUAAAUAUUUGAUAUCUGGUUCGAUUUUCGUAAGGAACAAACGAAGGUCUCCUCUUUCGGUGAUAUUCAGACAAUUUCUCUGUUUGCUCAUAAUAUGAUUUCUCAUCCGUGCAUCAGCUCCCCUCCUCUCCCUCCUCAAUUCCCCUCCCCACCUUUUUUCCCCCUUUUUCCUAUUUUUUAACCUUCGUUAUAGCAAUGCCCAGCAGGAAGGCUGAGCUAGGUAGCCCACAUUAUUAUUAUUAUUAGCCAACAACAAUUUUUUCCUUUUUCUUUUGCUUCUUUCUCCUUUUUUACAAGUACUCUGCUCCUUCUUUCUCCAAUGCUACAAGUACUCUGCUCCUUCGUUCUCCUUUUUUACAAGUACUCUCCUCCUUUAUUUUAUCCCCUUUUUUCUAUUUUCUUCCCUUUUUUUAUUUUUUUGAUCUUUUCCUUUUUAUCUGCUUUUUUUUAUGCUUUUCUUUUAUCUUCCUAAGGGCAGUGUACAAAAGUAAGGCUGAUGUAUAGUGGGUAGGGGGGGCUGUAUAGUGGGUAGGGGUCUGUGAGGUGUGUAGGGGGUCUGUGAGGUGGGUAGGGGCUGUGAGAUGGGUAGGGGCUGUGAGAUGGCUAGGGGGCUGUAUGGUGGGUAGGGGGGCAGUAUAGUGGGUAUGGGGGCUGUGAGGUGGGUAGGGGGGCAGUAUAGUGGGUAGAGGGACUGUCUGUGAGGUGGGGGGCAUCUGAAUUGUGGGUAGGAGGCUGUAAAAAGGUAAAUACCUUUCAGUGUCCUCUUGGUCCGGUGGGCAGCUUCCCAGUAAUGUGCGUGGGGCGGAGCUUGUGGGAGGGAGGUGGAGCUUCCGUUUGGGGGCGGGGCAUGCGGCUGAAAUUAUUUUAGACUGUGCAGGGAGACUGACAAGUCUCCCUGCAGCUGCUGGCAGCCACACCAGCUCCUCCCUCCUUCCUCCCCUCGGACUGACAGACUGGCACAGUCCGAGGGGAGGAUUUAUCAAAAUGAUCAUUAGGGCUGUCAGCCCAGCCCCAGCUGGGCCAGUCCGGCCCUGCCACCCACUCUCUCAAACGGAGGAUUUAGCCGCCGAAAUCCCUACCGACCACCUGUAAUCCUGAAACACCCACUAGUGGGCGGUAGGGACCAGGUUGACGACCCAUGGCCUAAAGGAACACUAUAGUCACCUAAACAACUUUAGCUUAAUGAAGCAGUUUUAUUGUAUAGAUCAUGCUUCUCUGGUUUCACUGCUAAAUUCACUGCCAUUUAGGAGUUAAAUCACUUUGUUUCUGUUUAUGCAGCCCUUAUCACACCUCCCCUGAAUCUUAUUGACACAGCCUUCAUGAAAAAAAAAAAAAAAACUGGUUUCACUUUCAAUCAGAUGUAAUUUACCUUAAACAAAUUUAUCUCUUUCUCUGUAAAUUGAACUUUAAUCACAUACAGGAGGCUCUUGCAUGGUCUAUCAAGCUAUUAACAUAGCAGGAGAUAAGAAGAUCUAAAUUAAACAAAACUUGCAAUAAAGGAAGGAUAGACUUUAGAUGACUCUUUACAGGAAGUGUUUAGGAAGGCUGUGCAAGUCACAUGUAGAGAGGUGUGACUAGGGUUAAUAAACAAAGUGAUUUAACUCCUAUCUGGCAGAGAAUUGAGCAGGGAGACUACAGGGACAUGAUCUAUACACCAAAACUGCUUAAUUCAGCUAAAGUUGUUUUGGUGACUAUUGUGUCCCUUUAACAUAUGGUGCAGGCUAAAACUAUGCAUUUUACUUUUAACUGUAAAGUUGUUGUUUUUUUGUGAGUGUUUUUGAUUAGUAUUUGCAUCAAAUGCAAAGCUGUUUUGACACAAUGUUAUCUGAUGGAAAUUAAGUAGAGCAUAUGUUUCAUGCUAGUAGCCUGUGAACAUUGUCUGUGUUCUGGAUAUUGUGUGAAUAUAUUGGCCAGUGUGCAUGAUGAUAGAGCCUGUCAUAUGGAAGUGCGUUUGCUGUACUUUCAGAACAAGAACUGUAUUCAAAAAAAUUGGAUAGCUUCUUAAUCAAAUUAGAUAUCUAACAGCCAUUUUGGUGUGAAGAAGGAUUUUUUUCCUAGUUUGUUGCAAAAUCGGAAGCGCUUUAGACUGGAUUUUUUUGCCUUCUUUUGGAUCAACAGCAAAAACAAAUGUGAAAAGGGCUAAACUUGAUGAACGCAAGUCUCUUUUCAGCUAUGUAACCAUGUACUAUGGAUAAUUCUUUUUAUGUAUUCUUGUAUCCUGAACUUUAAUGAAGCUAGUUCACAACUGGCUUCUAUGCUACACAAGUUCCAAUUGCCUAGAAUACUUUUGUCAAUCAGUGAUACACUAUUUGACUUGCCAUGUUGAAAUUCAAUUCAGAUAAUUCUUGAAUUGGAAUAGAGGAACUCUGAGUGUACCACAGAUAGACACUAUAUUUGCUAUUAACAUUUUUUUUCUGGUAUGGUCCCUACAUAAGCCUGGUGGAGUUGCAUCCCCAUAUAAGCCUCACAAAUAUGGAUUGUGACUAGAUACAUAUUCUUUCUUUUUUUUAGGAUUUGUAGAAAUUAGAAAUUAUGCAGUCUUCCAGACUAAAGUUCCAUUUUUUUAUAGCAAGAAAUCUUCCUCUCAGCCUGAAAAUUAAAUAUUACAGAUUAGGAGGGGGGCACUAACCCGCACACAUCUCACUCAGAGUCCAAGGUUUGUCUUCCUGUAAUUUAUACAGCAUUUCCAUGCCUGUGACAUUCUUGUGGGGAUACAGCAAGCCCCAUGCUGCUAAUGGACUGAAAGUAAAUGAAAUUAAAUAAGCGCAGCAAUGCUCAUCACCAUUGUCUCCCCCCUGGGUAAUUCAAUUCCUGAGUGCGCAGUGAUGGGAGCGUGCGGCACAGUCUCUGUAAUCCUGCUGCGGGCUGGAGACUUAACGUCUAAAUAAAACUUUUACUGCGCCAUUUGUUACACGGCUGCCAGCAGGGUCUGUUUGUUGGUUUGGGGACACUAAUGUAAUAUUCAUAUUUCCUCACAUGUUGUGCGUACCAUACAACAGAAACGCUAAAUAUUCCAUAAAUAUGCACCCCCAGAUUAAAUAAUGAAUUGUAAUAUCAAUGCAGAUACUUUUAUAUUCACCACUCAGGUCCUUGAUUUGCUAAUAUUUUCAUGUUAAUGUAGUGAGUCGAGCAAAUGUGGAGAGGGGGGGGAGAGGCGGUGGUGAUUAAGAACUGAUAAAACUAGUGAUACAUGAUGUACACUUCAAUUGGAAUGUAUCAGCAGGUUGGAGUGUGCUCAGUAAAUCCACCCUGCCUCCUUACAAGCCAUAGACCAGAUAUCUAAUUGCAGCCCAUAAGCACUAAAACUCUCAUGAAGCUCAGCUUGUUGAAACAUUCCCUGCCCAAUAUCACUGAUUGACAAUCAAUGACACUUAAACUUUUGAGAUAAUAUUGAAUGACCAUGACAUAUAAAGAGCAAUCAAUUCUAUAUGCCAGUACUGCAAAGAAAAUAAACCUGCAUCACAAGCAAAAAAUAUAUCAUUAGUAUUUUAAGGAAAACUAGACUUUUUUUAUGUAAAUGCAUUAAUCAUUCGUCCUGUUCACUCGUACUGUAAUGAUAUAUGCAGACAUAUUUGCUCAUGAUUAUAUUUUAUUUCAAUUCUUGCUUCCUUUGAGUCACACUUUUAUUUGUUUAUUUUUAGAUUCUGGAGAUACAGAGAGGUUGGAUAGAGUUUUAAAGCAAGGUUAUCUGGAGAAAAGAAACAGAGGUAACAUACAAUAAGAAUGAAAUUCAGAAAGAAAAUAUACACCCUUUAGCAUGUUUCUGAGAUCGUGUUGAAUAUUUUAUAUGGCGGAUUGCUGAGUUUAUCUCCUCUCUUUACCAAUUAAAAGGUUAAUGAUGUAGGGAUUUCACCAGAAUUACUUGCAGCUGCUCACUCAGUGUGCCCUGGUUUUCCACAAUGUAUAGUAAAUAUAUACCUAGGAUCAACUGAGAUGUAUCAUGUGCACCCUUCGGUAACCCUUUGUAAUGUGCCUAGGAGAGCUUAAAGAGCCAGAAAUGCUUCUGUUCAUCUUAGAUAAUUGAGCUCAUUUAGAGAAUAACAUGCAUGCCUAUUUCUUUGUGUAUUGCUCCUGGGGUUCUGCCUUUUAGCAUAGAAUACAAUCAUUACUUUAUCUGUGGAUUGUUAAAACUGUGGUCACAAUUUUUAUCCUAGCUGCUUGGCUGACUGUCUAUUUAUUAACUCCUUGACUACAGAAAAAAAAAGAUAGCAAAAAUGACCACAAGAUUCCAGAUUUUCUUUUCUUCUUCAAUUAAUAUGUAAAUUUAAGGUUAAGCAUAGCACAUUUAACAAAAAAUGACACAAUGUUGAUUAAAGGACAUUGGCAAAAAUUACUAAUGCUCAUAUGAACUAAAACAACUCUAUACAUCUUGCUCUGCAAAGGCAUAUGCUACUAGACGAAGAGCACUUUCUAGGCAUUCAGGCAACACCUGGAAGUAAUUUACUAAUAGUGAACCUACUGGAGACCAAGGCCAAACAAUGCAAAUAUACAUCUAAAUAAAUAAUAAUAAUUAAGCAAAGAUAUCCAGCGGUCAAGUUUCUAAAGUUGUCACUGGUAAUGAGCCUCCCAUAUAAGGAAGAGGAUCCAUCAAUCAGGGUUUUUUUCCUUCUUGUCUAUGAAAAAUAAGAGAUAUGUAGUCUAGCCCCCAAAUCUAAGAGGAAGAGUUGAAUAAGCUGAUCAAUAAGCUGACAGCUGGUAUCAAGUCAUUCACAGCCAGUCUGUAUACAAUGUUUUCCCAGACAGCUAAAAGAACAUGCAUGCAUGCUCAAAGGGAAUGUAGGGAUAUGCAAGGUAUGUGUCCAUCUAACAUGCACUUGCCUUUUACUCAACUUGGAAAGAUUUUGGAUAGCAAAGGAAGAACUAAAAGUAACAUUCUUGACUUCAGAGGGAGAAGAGGAAGUCUUGUAUCCACAUCGAUUUUUACAAACAGCUGCAAUUAUAAGCCACUUUGUGCAGGGACACAGUGACUGGAGAUCUCCUUGCAUCAUAACCUGUGCAAUGAGUAUAGAUUGUCAUGGUGUUUAGUGUGUCACUUGUGAGCUCUUUUUCAUACACUUCACUGACUAGAACGACUGCUUGCUAACCUCAGCAAUCCAUCAUAUUAGGCACCUGGGGCAGCCAAUUAUUAUUGUGAUUACAGUAAAAAAAGACAUACCUGUUAGAUUGCCUCAUAAGAAUAACUUUAUAACUGGAUAUAUCUGGGAAUUAAAAACCUUCUAUCAAUGUUAAAAUGAAACAUAUGAAAGAUCUGCUAUAAGAAUGUGCUUUCCUGAACACAGGUGUUUCAGUCAUUUUGUUUCCUGUGCAUGUUCCAAAUAUUAUGUGUGUGUAUUUCUGAACUUCACCUUAAUGACAAUAGUAAACACGUGCCUUGAUUUGUAAUGCAGUGGUGAGAAACAUGCAUAUAGUCUUUAUAUGCUGACUGUUCUGUAAAUUUAUCCUCAUUCUUUAAUUAUUUAAGCAAGCAGUGAUGUCCUUACGGCACAAGGAUUCCAGAAUGGUGAUACCUUUGCUCCCCAUUCCGCCUUUCACCCUCUGCUAACAAGGAGCUAAAUAUGUGAUCUGAUAUUGCCUCUAGCCCAUAAUAUUAGGAUCUGUGCAUCCGCAGCUGAUCGCUCUGUCCAUAAGCAAAGAUUAAUGUAUUUGGGUGGAGGCUUGACCUCGAUUAUUGUCUAUAUCCAUCCAUCUCACUUAGCAAAUGAAGCAUGUUGUAAUGGGGAAGAGCACGCAGGAGCCAGAAUAUAAUUGUGCUACUGCACAAAAUAUCUUUUUUUCUUCAGCAGAAACCUGUCUUAGAAUACCCACAAGCUUGCAUGAUACAAAAUGACCACCUGCUAAUCAUCAGCUUGCAUCUAUAUAAGUUCAAGUGGUAUACAAUGUGCUGCCAAUGAACCCUCCCAAAAGACAUCAUGUGCUCCAACAUGGCAGUCAAAUAUUCUUAAAAUAUACCAUUUCAGUCUAAUCAAAAUAUAGGACCAAAAAAAUUUAAAUGGAAUUAAAAGAAUUGAGUAGUACUUAAUUUAUUAUGGACAUGGUUUCCUAAUAGUAAUACAGCCCACGGUACUUAGAACUUUGUUCUGAAAUGAGUGUUUAGCACGUAAAUAUCUAAAUGAAGGACAACAUAAUAGAAUUGGGAAAUUCUCCAGGUCGGCUAAUGUGCUAUACAUUUUGACAUUCAACUAAUAAAUCACUGCAAUGUUAAAGUUUUAAAUUGUCCAGAAGCACCUGAGUAUAAUGCAUACCGAUAGAGGUAAUGUGGAUUUCAACAUUUAAUUAAUGUAUUUUUAAAACUUCACAAACACAUUAAAGCAAUCUUACAAAGCUGGCAGAGCACAUCUCUUGUUUGUAUCAAUUGGGGGAUUCUGCAUUAAAAUAAUUUUAUAUUAUGUAUCACAUGGUUAUUGUGUUCCAUCUCAAUCCAGCUAAGCACCUUGCUUCCCUGAAUCAUAUAUAAUGCCAGAGAUGCAUAAGCACAGAUGUGUUCAUUAUGAGAUUUUAAACUUAAACUAGUUGUCCUCUUCUCACCUAGAAUCUGAAAUGCAAAGUUACGCUAUAUGUAAGGCUGGCAAUAAAUGUAUCCUUGGUUAUUGUGUCGAUUUUUGUUUGAAUCUGUAGGAAUCUACUUCAGGUGUGUAGAAAAUGUGCUAUCAGGGUAAAUGUUAGUUCUGGGGAAAAAAAAACUGCACUGUAUACAUUUUGCAAUAUCUGUGCCCACUAGUUGCUGUCAGACAGACAGUUGCUAGGUGUAUCGAGACUGAAGUACCUUCAGUAACAAUCUUUUUGACAUCAGUCAUUGUAGUGAUGCAGCGAGUACACUGUCCAGACGGCGGAUUACAAGUAAAUGUAUUGAGUCAGGUUUUCUUUUGUAGGUUUUUUUACCUUUUCAUUUUCUAUCUAAAAUAAACAGGAACACGUUUGAUUUAAAAAAAAACAAAAAAAAACUCUAUUUACUGUUUUCCUUUAACACAGGGGUUCUCAACCCAGUCCUCAGGACCCCCUACCAGUCCAGGAUUUGGGGAUUACCUGGGUGUGUCUCAGGUCAUUAGAAAAAGGGAAAAAAAUACCUUAGACUCUAAGGUGUUUUUUUUUUCUUUUUCUAAACACAUUAGACACACCCAGGUAAUCCCUAAACCCUGGACUGGUAGGGGGUCCUGAGGACUAACGUUCAAAACCCCUGCUUUAACAGGACUAAACAAGCUGCUUCAUAAAAAGUGUGAAUUGGAAUAUAGAGAAAAUACUUCUUCUGGGAAUAGGUUUUCAAACAGCCAUGACAUUUAGUCAAAUUUUUUAUGUGGUUUCUAUUCUAGAAGGAAAAUGGCAGAGUUAUUCAUUAAAAUGGGGGUUGUUUGAGACACUGUUUGAAUUCUAGAUAGUAGGCCAAAUUAGAUAAAUUAGCACAUUUCUCAAAAUCAUCUUUGUUUUCAUUUCAAAUAUUAUUCCCUAAAAGUUGACAUUCACUUUAAUUUUUGAGAAUUCUGUUCUGAAUCAUUUUAUGUAAAUUUUCAAACAAUUUACAUAUUGACAUUUAGCUCAAAAUAAGCAUUUUAAUAUAUUACAUAAUUCUCUCCUAUACCUAUAUAAUAAUGUAUAUUUUGAAAUAUGAGUGCCAUGCUAUUCCUAGAGGUGUAUAGCUUUCAUAACUGGUGUAGGCCUCACUAUUAAUAGGAGUGCAGGACACAACUUAUAAAAUAAUGGAAAUAUGUAUAUGUUUUAUAUUUACAAUAUAUGAUAUCUUUAAAGCAUUAUAAUGCUAUGUGUGCUUUAAUAAGUAGAAAUAUUAAUUCCUACAAUCAUGGGCGUCCAUAGGAAUUUUUCCAGAGGUGUCAGGGGAGGGGCAUAGUCAUUAUCACAUAAAGCCAGGGUGAAUAGCGUUUUCACAGAUAUGGUGUCAGGAAUACAUGUUUGUAUGUUUGUAUUCCUGACACUAUAGUGUUCCUUUAAGCAAAUGAGGAACAUUCUGGUCACCAUAACAACUUCAUCUAAAUGAAAAUGCUAUGAUGCCAGGAGGACCCUGGGCGAUCUUUCAUUUAAGGAGUUAAACCGCUCUCAAAUGGUUUAACCCCAAAGGCUUCCUCCACCUUCAAAUCUCCAGGUCGCUCAGUAGUAUUCGGCUUCUGAAACGGAGUGUCAGGAAGUGCAGAUUGAAGUCCGACAUGGAUGCCACAGAUCGACUAGAGUGGUCAGCUGACAAUCUAAGCCAAUCGCUAGUUCCUGGUUCAUAAAAAUGUUUUACUUUUUUAUGAAUGGGGAGCUACUGAUUGGCUUAGAGUGCCAGCUGACCGCUCUAGCCAUUCAGCGGUACCCCUACCCAGCGGCACUCUGUGCUUCCUGACAAUCAGUAAAUAAAAAUGAACACAUUAACACUGAUAUUUAUUUUUUUUUUACCUGGGGAGAUGAGAAGGUCCAAAGUUUCCCUGCCAGGCCCAGGUACCAAAGCCUUAUGAUGUGGUGUCCAGAAUAAAGUGGAGGGUUUUCUUCACUUGUCCUUCCUGCUCCAAUCUCCUUUUCUUCGCCUUCAUUUGACAGUCUUCUUUUUCUUCUGACACUGUCUUCUCUCCUCCUUGGCUCCUUCUGCUCCUUUACCUUUCCUCUACUUUCUGCUUAUUUUGCGCCCUUCUGAUCCUUUAUCUUUCUGGUCCCUUUGUGCUAAUUGCAGACCCUUUCUGCUCGUUCUCCUACUUUACAUUUAUGCUCCUUGCUGCCCCUUUCUGCUCCUUGCUGUCCCUUCCUGUUCUUUUAUGCUCCUUCUCCAACUCUACCUUUGCACUCCUUCUGCCCCUUCCAGCUCCUUGCUACCCUUUUCUGCUCCUUCUCCUACUUUACCUUUGUGCUCCUUCUAAAUCUUUCUGCUCCUUUACUUUUGUGCUCCUUGCUGCCCCUUUGUGGUCCUUGCAGACCCUUCCUUCUCCUUACAGGCCGUUCCUGCUCCUUGCUGUCCCUUCCUCCUUCUUGCUGCCCGCUCAUUCUUCUUGCUGCCCGUCCCUUUUUGCUGUUGACCCUCCCUGCUCCUUGCUGACCCUUCCUGCUCAUUUCUGCUAUUUAUCCUACUUUACGUUUGUGCUCCUUCUGCCCCUUCCAGCUCAUUGCUGACCCUUUCUGCUCCUUGAUGUCCCUUCCUGCUCAUUUCUGUUCCCUCUCCUUUCUGCUCCUUGAUGUCCCUUCCUGCUCAUUUCUGUUCCCUCUCCUUUCUGCUCCUUCUACUUUACCUUUGUAAUCCUUCUGUCCCUUCCUGCUCCUUGAUGCAGUUUCCAGCUCCUUGCUGACCCUUCUUGCUCAUUGCUGAACCUUUGUGCUCCUUGCUGCCCCUUCCUGCUCAUUUCUGUUCCUUUGUGCUCCUGUUUCUGUUUUACCUUUGUGCUCCUUUCUGCCCAUUCCAGCUCCUUGUUACCCCUUCCUGCUCCUUGCUGUCCCUUCAUGUAGGCUAUGUCCCCCAUCCCUCACUUACCUGAUCUGUAGGCUGUUAUCCCAUCCCUCACUUACCUGAUGUAUAGGCCCCCCUUACCUGAUCUAUAGCCCACCUAUCCCUCAUUUACCUGAUCUGUAGGCUGCUCCCCCCAUGCCUCACUUAUUUGAUCUGUAGGCUGCCCCACCCCAUCUCUCAUUUACCUGAUGUGUAGGCUCCCCUCCCAUCUCUGUUACCUGAUCUGUAGGCUGUCCCCAUCCCUCACUUAUUUGAUAUGUAAGCUACCCCACCCCACCUCUCAUUUACCUGAUCUGCAGGCUCCCCUCCCAUCUCUGUUACCUAAUCUGUAGGCUGCCCCCCAUCCCUCACUAUAAAUUUAGACUUAAAAAUAAAUAAAAUAAAAGGUACUCACAAAAGGGGAUAGGCUGCCCCCCCAUCUCUCCCUUACCUGAUCUGUAGACUGACCCUCCCACCCUCCCCCAUCUCUCACUUACAGAGUCAUAACUAGAAACCACGGGGCCCCGGUGCAAAAAUUGCAAUAAACACCAAUUUAAUUAAACAAGACAAUGAUAUCGUACCGCUAAAGGUGAAUGAACAAAAGUAGAUUCUCAACUUUUGUAGAACAACAAUUUCGUGGCAGACACCACGGGAUGUAUCGUUCUAGAGCUUGGUAUCCAGCUUUGGUCAUCCUUGUUAUGCGUUCAGUCAUGAUUAUAUGCUCACAUAUGGUUUUUGAUUUCCUAUUAAAAUCUGUCCAUUUGUUGUUUUAGACCAUAGCUUUUUUGGAUCAGAAUGGCAGAAGAGAUGGUGUGUGCUCACUAAGGGAAGUUUCUGUUACUACUCGAGUGAGAAAGGUAAGCACAUGGAAUUAUAGUAACUUCCUGUGUACAUUUCUGCAAUACCUUUUAGAGAGGGUGCACCCCCAUCAACAAAUGUGUUAUUGAAAAUCGGCAAUCAGCUCUCGGUAAAUGACAACAUUAGUGCUAUACAUUGCAAUAGCAAAAAUUACCAGAAAAUGUAUAGAAUAAAUACUUUGUAGGGGUUUUAUUUGCAGUUACAUUACAAUUGAUUGUAAUGUAACAUUUACAUGUUGUGCUCUAUGAUAUGACACAUCAUAUGUGUAUGAGAGUUCCAUGUUUUGUUCUGAAGAACUCAUACAGUGUUGAUGCAUUGCAGGGAAGCUGCCCAGAGGUGGUUUUUUGAUAAAGGAUUGCAGUGCACGUUUGGUAUUGGACAUCCGCAAAGACUCUCGCCGUGAUGCCUGCUUUGAACUUCUGCCCCCAGGCAAUCGUACUUACCAAGUAAGUAUUUGCUACUGUUGGAAUGUCAACACACAGAUUAAAGAUUUGCCACUUUGCAGUAUUUUUUUUUUUCAUUUUAUUUUAUUAAAGUUAUACUAUAGCUAUCAAAAGAUCUUUAAUUUAAUGAAUCAGUUUGGGUAUAUAGCUCAUGCCCCUUGGGUCUUACUGCUCAAUUCGCCCUCUUUUAGGAGUUAAUUGCUUUUGUUUUUGUUUAUGCAGCCCUAGCCACACCUCCUGCAUGAAAAAUAUGGUUCCAUUUUCAAACAAAUGUUAAAGGACCACUAUAGGCACCCAGACCACUUCAGCUCAAUGAAGUGGUCUAGGUGCCAGGUCCCUCUAGUUUUAACCCUGCAGCUGAAAACAUAGCAGUUUUAGAGAAACUCUCCCUGACAGCCGCUGGUGCUUCCGUGAUUCUCAUGGUGAAAAUCACAGUCAGAAGAUGCUGGAUGUCCACAGGAAAACAUUGAGUAAUGCUUUCCUAUGGGCUGUUUGAAUGCGUGUAGUUUGCCACACAUGCGCAUUCGGAUCUGAUGUCAGCAGGAGGAGGAGAGGUCACUAGCGCCGAGGGAGCCUGGCGCUGGAGAAAAGUAAGUGGCUGAAGGGUUUUUUUUUUUGACAUUCUUUAUUUUUCCAUUUAUUUAAUACAGCACGUUUAGUACAACACACAAAUUCAAACAUGUUUAGCAACCUUUACACAGGCAAGGAAGGAAGGACACAAUAUUCCACGUAAGCCGCCAAUACAACUGGAUAAUUGACAGUGUCCUUACAGAUGAAUAGAACUAGAACUUAGACAGCACAGAGACAUCUGAGCGACAACCAAGGCCACAAUCCCGAGACAACCGGGGGACACAUGGGACAGAUGCGAAAAGUGGGACGUGGGGAGCACGGCUAUCCAUGCUACCUCGUGAAGUGGGAAUUCUAAACUACAUGUAGCAUCUACUACCCUGCUCUUGGCGACACCCUGGUGGGACAGCCCAUGGCCCGAAGUUAUAUUGGUAUCCACUGACCCUCCAGACUGGUGCAAUGGUUCGUGUGAGAAGUCAAUAAGCUGUAGGGUGCCCUCCAACGCCUCCAUACCCCCCCUCAUCCCCUAACGCGAUUUGCUGGAGCCCCCUAGGGAUCAAAUCGGGCGCCACUGUAUUUAUUGAAUCUGAGGCCCGGAGCGAACCAAGAGCGUGGGACUGAAAGCGUCAGAGGACCUCCCCCCAGACCACCAAGCAGCAUUGUUAACCUCCCACCCUCUGGUCUAAUCCCCUCCGGCAUGUACACCACCUACCCACUCCUGAGAUGUUCAAGAGCCCCGCCAUCCCUCUAUCCCCCUGCGCCUCCCUGGACUAAUUCCAUUCUUUGCUCUGUGCUCCACUCCCCGUUCCCCAAACGCACUGCAUGCCAGGCUAGUGGAUAAGUGAACUUGUGAGCCUACUCUCUAGUAUAUGCUUCCAUUUGUCUUCCGUCUGGAAAGUGUGGAGGGGAUUGGGAAGGGAAGUCGUGGUCCUAUGGAUAGGGAAGUGCACCCCCCACCCAGCUGAAAGGUACUAUGGGUCUCUGUCAGAUCGUUGUGGAUGGGGAAAGCUGUGCGGGUGCAACACCAUCUCCGGUCCGGGCAUCCCCCGCGGCCCCCCUGGCCGUAAACUCCAUCCAUGGAAACCAUGUUAGAGCACAUUUAUCCGAGCGUCCCUGCAGAGACGCAGUCAUCAAUUCCAUAUUGUAAAUCAUUUCCACCCUCUCUAUCCAUUGGCGGAAUGAAGGGGCUACCUGGCUUCUCCACAACGUGGGGAUGAGAGAUUUUGCUGCCGUAAGAAGGUGUAUCACCAGGCCCUUUUUGUAGGCGGUAAUUGGCAUGCUCGUGUGGUUCAGUAGCAGCGGCUGGAAAGGGACGUCCGUCCCAGUAACGUCUUUGAUCCCUUGUUGUAUCGCUCGCCAGAAAGGUUCAAUGCGAUAGCACGACCACCAGAUAUGGAUCCCAGAACCAUCCGCGUCUCCACACCUCCAGCACUCCCCUGAGAUGGACUCAUGGACAUGACGAAGGAUGUCCGGAGUUCUAUGCCAACGCGACAGUAUCUUGUAGUUGCACUCCUGGAAUUUGGAACAGAUGGUCCCCCUGUGCGUCAAUUGGAAGAUCUUUUGCCAUUCUGAAGUAGAUAGCUCGACCCCUGCUUCCGUUUCCCACCGUACCGUGAAACCUAAGGGGCACUGGUCCCCACCACUCUGCAGCAUGGAGUAUAGUUGCGAUAUGCCGUGGAUGAGAUGCUGUCUGGCGACACAAAGUUGUUCGAAGUGGGACAGUGGGCGGUGAAGGUGAGCCUUCCCAGCCAGCGAGGUUACAUAGGUUGUAAGCUGGUAGUACCGAAAGUUGUCCAGGACGCUGGGUCCACGGUCUUGGAGUAGAACGGCCAGCGGUUUAAGGGUCGGACCAUUACACCACUGAUGCAGGUAGGUCCAAUCCGUGGCCCCAAAGUUUCUCAGAUCCUCCGGGGAGAGUCCACCCGCAAGUCUCGGGUUAUGCGUCACGGGCAUAAGUGGAUUCGGCGAUGAUGUAAAUUGUUGAGAGUACCGGAUGCCGCACCAGACCUUCAGAGUUGCAUCCACCAACGGGUUGCCCGUUCUCAGUUCCCGAAACGUGGCGUCCCCCAGCCACAACUGGGACGGGAUUUUACCUCCCCCGUCUGUUGCUUUUCCAUGUCUACCCACUGUUUCCCGCUAGGGGCUGCAUGCCAAUCCACUAUCCGAGACAGAUGUGUAGCCCGGUAGUACGUAAGGACUGAAGGCAAGCCCAUGCCUCCCUCAUAUCUAGGGCGCUCCAGGGUCGAUUGCCGUAUGCGGGCGGGUUUCUGGUUCCAUACGAACUGCUUAAAGGCGGACGACAGCGUUUGGAAGAAGUUCCGAGGGACAGUGACCGGGAUCGUUUGGAACAGGUACAAUAUACGGGGCAUGACAUUCAUUUUAAUGGCAUUUAUGCGUCCGAACCAGGAUAUAUAUUGAGGGGCCCAGCGCUUCAAAUCUUGUUGUAGGGCUGUGAGUAAUGGGACAUAGUUCAUGGAAUAGGCUUGAGCUAGGUCACACGGUAACCAGAUGCCUAGGUACCGCAAUUUAGUCAAACAAAUCCUGAAGGGGAAAUGCGCAUGGAUGUGUCUACAAAGGGCCGGGUCUCGUGUGAGGGGCAUCAGUUCCGACUUGGCCAGGUUGAGCUUCAGGUUGGAAACUGCGCCAUAAAGUCGGAAAGCCUCUAGUAAGUUCGGUAAUGAGAUUCUUGGCUGUUCGAGGAGGAAGAGCAUGUCAUCGGCGUAUGCCGCCACCCGAUGCUCCUCCCCCCCUACCAGGCACCCUGCUAUGCCCCCGUCCCAUCUAACCGCCUCCAGGAAGGGCUCCAGGGUGAGGGCAAACAGGAGGGGGGACAGCGGGCAGCCCUGGCGCGUGCCAUUGCAAAUUUUGAACACACCCGUGAGUGCUCCAUUCACCCGUAUACUCGCCGUCGGUUUGGUGUACAGCGCCGCAACCCAUGACCUUAGACCUGGUCCAAACCCCAUGUACCCCAGGGUCUCCUGCAGGUAAGUCCAGCCAACUCUAUCGAACGCCUUCUCGGCGUCAGUGGAAAGGAGAACCAUCUCCUUCCCGUUGGUUCGAGCUACGUGGAUAGAGUUGAGGGCCCGUAUAGUAUUAUCCCGGGCCUCUCGGCCGGGUAUGAAACCGACCUGAUCCGGAUGAACGAGCUCCGGCAAAGUCCUAGCCAUCCGAAGUGCCAGUGCUUUAGCAAACACUUUAAGGUCCGCAUUAAGCAAUGAAAUUGGUCUGUAACUGGCACAGUCCAUGGGGUCUUUGCCCUCCUUUGGGAGAAUCGUAACCGUUGCCCUCAGUGUAUCUUCAUGGAAUCGACCGUCCUCCCGCAAGGAGUUCAUCCCUGCGACCAGGCGGGGUAGGAGGAUAUCUCUGAACGUCCGUAAAUAAGAGGCUGGUAAACCGUCCGGCCCCGGAGCCCUAUGAGCCUUGGUGGCCUUCAGCGCUGCAGCGAGUUCCUCCACCGACAAAAGAACCUCCAGUUCCGCCUCCUGCUCCGGAGUGAGUCUGCGUGUAACAUGGGUUUGUAGGUACGCCACUAUCCUCUCCUUGUGUAGUCGUUCCUCUGAUGCUGUACGGUGUUGCGUUUGGUCGUAAAGUGCCGCAUAGUACUCCUGGAACGCAGCCAGUAUGCCAUUUGGGAGGCGUGUAGUAUCCCCCCUCCCCGUGUGUAUUUUAUGGACAUGUAGCAUCCUGCGCUUUUCAUGGAGCAUCCGAGCUAACAGUCUCCCGCACUUAUUGGAGUGUUCGUAGAAGUACCUAGAGGCCUUCCUCGCGGUGAGCAGCAGCCCCUGCAACAAAAUCGUUUGCAAGUCCCUACGUGCCUCAACAAGUUGGAGGUAAGUGCCCUCAUCAAGGGACUGCUUAUGUGAUCCUUCUAAUUCUGCAAUGCGUGUUGUCAGGCUGGUAAUGCGAGCCCGUCUGUCCUUUUUGCGCCUGGUGCUCUCAGAGAUGAAGAAGCCCCGAAUGACGCAUUUGUGUGCCUCCCAAAGCCCUAAAGGUGUCGUAUCAGAGUUGUCGUUGGUGGUAAAGUAAUCGGUCAGGGCGCGGGUCGCUGACUGCGUGAGUGCCAAGUCAUCCAGCAUAGUUUCAUUGAGCUUCCAUUGUCGUUCACUGGGCUUAAAUAGCGGGGAACUGGUAUGAACCAGGACCGGUGCAUGAUCCGAGUGGCUUAUGAUGCCUAUUUCCGCUCCUUGCAAGAGGUUUAAAAAUUCUUGUGCCAGAAAGAUAUAAUCGAUGCGGCUAUAUUGUGCGUGCGCUGCAGAGUAAUGGGUAUAGUCUCUCCCUUCCGGAUUGCAAGCCCUCCAACAAUCUACCAGGCUGAAGGGGUUUUAAUCCCUUUAGCCCAGAGGUAGGAGGGCCUGAGGGUGGGGGGGACCUAAUGAACCUAUAGUGUUUUCCUUGCACUAUAGUGGUCCUUUAAUUUUCUUUAGCUGUUUUUAUAUCCUGCUCUGUAGAUUUCACUUUGAUCACACACAGGAGGCUCUUGCAAGAUCUAGAAGGCUAUUAACAGAGCUGGAGAUAAGAAAUUCUGGAUUAAACAGAUUGUGUAAUAAUGGAACCUAGAAUAUCUAGGCUCCUUUUUAACGAGGUUUGACUAGGCUGUAUAAACAAAUUAAUUUAACUCCUAAAUGGUAGAGAAUUGAGCAGUGAGAAUGUGGGGGCUUGAUCUAUAUACCAAAACUGCUUCGUUAAGCUAAAGUUGUUUUAGUGCCAAUAGUUCCCCUUUAAUUACUAUAUUUCCCUUCAUGCUUUUAAUUUACAUGCAAUUCAGGUUUUUUUUUUUUUUAAAUUUAGGGACUACAUAGGGACUACAUUUUCAUAUGUAAAGUGUGCCCGUUGGUAAUUGGGUGGAGCUUGCGCAAUAUUCUCUUUCUAAGGUAAUUUACAGAAGGGCAAACUACAGACACUAUGGACAGAGGAGAGCAAAAUGUUGACUCCCAGAUGUUAAUAUCCAGUGUAAAAAAAGAACAAUAAUAAUAUUUAAAAAAAAUAAUAUAUAAAAGGACAAAUGGCAAGAGGAAGCAAUGGCAAAAGUAAAAAACAAAUAAAGGAUUUUUAGCACUAAUGAGAGUAUUAGUAGGCAGCUAAAACAACCCAAACCGGAGUCUCUUCCUUCUGGUAAAAAGUACAGUUCGGUAUGCAGAGCAGUGCAUUGUAGAUAGUUUUGAAUCCUGCAGAUGGUCAGCAGUGGGUAUGUAGAGAGAAAAGACCCAAGAGAAAACAAUAUAGUGUUGUAUCUUCUGGCAGUUGAUGAAAGGAGUAUAAAAACACACUUACAAUUUUUAGGAGCAAUAGAUCAACUUUAGAUGGUAGAGCCUGGACGGUACAAUCCCCGCCAAUGGAUGUGGUGGUCCUGUAGGGCCUUGGCAGAUAUUGUAUCUCAGGGGCCCUCAAAUGUUUUAAACAGGGGGCCAGUUCAUGGUCCCUCAGACACUAAUGGGGGCUGGACUAUAGUUUUACAUUGUUUUUAACAAAUUCCUAUAUAUAGUGAAACAGACACAGACAUAUACAGACACACAUACUAACGUACUUACAGACACAAACACGCAUAAGGACAUACAUACAUACUGACAGACAUACAUACUGACAUAGACAGACAGACAUAUACAUACUGACAUACACACGCAUACUGAAAUACACACUGACAUACAUAUACAUACAAACACAUACAUACUGACAUACAUACAGAUAGACAGAUACAUACUGAUAUACAUACACAGACAGAUACAUACUGACAUAAAUACAUACACACUGACACACACACACUAAAAUACAUACAUACACACAGACAUACAGAUAGACACAUACUGACAUACAUACAUACUGACAUACGUGCAUACAAAUACAUACAUGCAGACAUGCAUACAUACAGAUAGACACAUACAGGCAUACAUACUGACAUACAUACAUACAGGCAUACGUACAGAUAGACACAUACUGACAUACAUACACUCAUACACACAGACACAGAUACAUACUGACAUACAUACACACAGACAUACAUACCGACAUGCAUACAUACAAAAACACUGACACAGACAUGCAUACAGAUAGACACAUACUGACAUACAUACACUCAUACACACAGACACAUACAGAUACAUACUGAAAUAAAUACAUACAUACUGACAUACAUACAUACAUACAAAACACAUACAUACACACACACAUGCAUACUGAAAUACAUACAUAGAAACACACUGACACACACACAUACUAAAAUACAUACAUACACAUACUGACAUGCAUACACACAGACAUACACACAAACACAUACUGACAUACAUACACACAUACAUACAUACAUACAUACAUACACACUUACAUACUGAAAUACAUACAUACAAACACACUGACACACACAUACAUACUAAAAUACAUACAUACACACACUGACAUGCAUACAUACAGACAUACACAAACACAUACUGACAUACAUACAUUCAUACACAGACAUACUUACUGACAUACAUACAAACACACAUACUGACAUACUGAAAUAAAUACAUACAUACACAUACAUAAAAACACAUAUUGACAUACAUACACACACACACAGGCAUACAUACUGAAAUACAUACACAGCUAAUUUUUCUUACUUUUUUUGCAGGAGGGUGGCUGUGGCUGAUGGGAGUCGGCGUGGCUCUUCCCUCUUCGCGGCCUGGCUUUGUUCCCUCCCACGGGGAGGGAGCUGGGAGGAAGUGACGGCCCCUUCCUCCCAGCACUACUUUGCGGCCACACAUUUUUAAAGGGGCCUGGUCGCGCUAUUGCGAGGCCGCAUCGCUGACCGGGCCCCUGAAGAUACAGGGCCCAUCGGGUGGCCCUGAGUGCUUAGGUCAGGACCCCGGCCCACGGGCCAUAGUUUGAGGACCCCUGUUGUAUCUGGAUCUGAUCACAGUAGAAAUUGUGUGUAUAUCCAAACUUGAAAGCAGUGGGUCACCGUUGUAGAUUUGUAUGCAAAAAAUAAAACUACAAAUAGUGCUCAGUGGUAUAAAUUUAGACUUAAAAAUAAAAUAAAAGGUACUCACAAAAGGGGAUAGGUGGUAUAAUCCCCACGAAGAUAAAAUCUUCUUUAAAAACGUCCAGGAGAGUCCAGAAUGGUGUUAAGAGAUUCAAUCUUUUAUUAUAAACAGGGAAACCAUCAGAAAUUUUGGGGCCCCUAACACAGCUCAGGGUCUGGACCUGCCUCCAAAUCCCAAUCACAAGAAUACACACACAAACACAUGCACUGAUACAAAAAACACUGACACACACACACAUCCAUACUAGAAGACACGUACUGAAACAGACAUACACACAUAUACAGACAUACAUAGUUACACACAGACACAUACUAACAUAAAUACAGAUACACACAUGCAUGCAUACAUAAGGACAUACAGACAAACACACAUACAUAUAGACAUACAUACUGACAUACCUACAGACAUAUGAAAACAAAAACAUGGGGAGGAUCGAAGGUAGAGACGAUUUCAAACUUCACCAGCCUGACCUAUAGAGAUGGAGGAGCAACCCAUAAGUAAAUGAUUAAAUAAUAACCUUUAAUAAGUAUAAUAUAAAAAAACCAACACGUGUGGGUUUGGAAAGUUGUUACAAAUAAGUCCUAAAUGCUAAAAAUAAUAAAUAGUGCUAACAAAAAGUCGGAAGAGCCACAAUUUGGCGAAACGCGCGUCGGGACAGAUUAAGCAGUGUUUGGCAGUGAGACUUGGGGUGAUGCUGCAGCUAAUUUCUAAGAUUAACCCCUUAAGGACCAAACUUCUGGAAUUAAAGGGAAUCAUGACGUCACCCGUCAUGUGUCGUUAAGGGGUUAAGACAAGCCACCACGCUGUGAUUUAAGUAUAUCUUUACUUAUAUUUAUUUUCCUUUAUAUUUUUUGUCACUGUGGGUGAGCGGGAAAGGGGUUUGUUUCACUUCAUGUUAUACGUGUCUUUCGCUCCGGGAUGCUUGGAGGUUUAGACUUUUUUUAAGGAGUGCCCUUGAAGACACGCUAGGGAAUAGAUAUUGGCUAUCUUUCAAUCUUUUCCCUGUUCAUUUUCCUACCUUCCUAGCAUUUACCCUUUAUCAGUGAUUUUGCAGUCAGUACUUAGUACUUAUUCCCCCCCCAACCCCCCUUUUAUUUUUUUUCAGCAAUAUCCACUUUUUGGUUACUUUACUUUUUGUUAGCACUAUUGUUGUUUUUUUUUAAUUAUUAUUAUUAUUAUUAUACCUAUUAAAGGUUAUAUUUUAAUCAUUUACUUAUGGGUUGCUCCUCCAUCUCUAUAGUCUCUACCUCCGAUCCUCCCUUUGUUUUCAUUUUCAUAUCUAGUACCCCCCAGUUCCAUUAGCAACCUGACACAUUCUCUCUGCUUAUAUUAACUCAAUAAUUACAUACAGAAAUACCUACGGACAUACAUACUGAAAUACAUACAUACUGACAUAUAGACAGACAUACUGACAUAUAUAUAUAUAUAUAUAUAUAUAUAUAUAUAUAUAUAUACAGACAUACUGACAUACAUACAUACAGACAGACAUAUUGGCAGACAGACAUACAGACUGACAUACAGACAUACUGACACACACACAGCUCAUUUUUCAGCCACCCUCCUGUUUCUUCCCUUUAUGUUGCAGGAGGGUGGCUGGGGCUGAUGGGAGAUGGUGUGGGCUAGGGCUCUCCCUCCUCGUGGCCUCCACGCUGUCUCUCCUCCCACGCGGAGUAAGCUGGGAGGAAGUGACCGGCCGUCACUUCCUCCCAGCACUACUUGCGGUGCGGCUGCAAUUUUUUAAAAGAAGAUAUAGGGCCCAUCGGUUGACCCUAAAUGCUUGGACCACCUGAUGGGCCCUAUCAGCGCGCGGGCCCCUGUGCAAUGCAACAUGGGCAGUUCCGCCGCUACAUGUGGGGCCGGGGCAGUGACAACCGUCAUGGUUUUCACCCCCUGAUGGCGUCCCUGAUUAUAAAUACUAAUAUUAAAAUACACUAACGCAUUUCACCAAGUUAUAGGUUUUUUUGCUCCUUUCACUGUCACAUUUUCACAUUUCUUAUGUUAGUGCUAUCACUAAUUACUUUCCAAUCUUCUAGACACCAUUUUGAUCUGACCUAUUUUUCUUCUCAGAUUUUAAAAUGAAGUAUUGUCCCUCUCUUGAAAAUGUAUGUAAAACCGCUUAAUUUCAGAUGUUUCCAUCUUAUGCCUUUCUAUGGAUAUUGUCCUCUCACAGCAAAGAAGAUCAUAAAUGUGUGCAGUCAGUGGCGUACAACAGCCAGUUGGUCUUCACUGGAGCCUCCAUACUAAGGGGGCCCAUUGGUUGGCCCAUGCAUUUAGGAACUCCGAGUGGCCAUGUUUCAGCAGGGGCCUGAUCGUGUGCUGUGGCCAUUUAACAGGGUGACCAGGCCCCUUCUAAUUAUCAGUGGGAGGUAGUAAAAGCUUGUGCAUUAAAAAAGCAAUACUACACAUAAAUGCAUGCUUGCAUUCAAACACCAAAACUACAGGAAAGCCCCCCACACAUUCACACAAAUAUACUCCAUACAAAACAUGCUUACAUUCAAACACACAAACACUGCUCAGUUCUAAAUACAACCCUGCAAGGGGUUUUGUUUAAGAUUUGUUUAAAGCUUAAGGAUAAAUUUUAUUCUGUUUUACUAAAAAUAAAAUGUACAAGGAAAUGGAAUACUUAUUUCAAUCACGUAUAAACUACACGCUGCAGUGGUUAUGGAUCCUAAAGCCCUCAGGCCCCCCAUGUAAGUAGUCAAACUGCUAACAGUUUGACUUCUUACCUGUUGUGUCCCGUCCGCUGCUCCCUGUCUCUCCUCUUUAACUAUGGAGAGUCGGGUGCUCCUGCUAGGAGCUUUCCAUCAGCUCUUCUAAACUAAGCCCUGCUUGCUGUGCAGGACCGCUCAUUGGCUGAGAGUGUCAGCUGAUCACUUUUAACCAUUAAAGUAAGCUCAUUGGCUGAGAGUGUCAGCUGAUCACUUUUAACCAUUAAAGUAAGCUCAUUGGCUGAGAGUGUCAGCUGAUCACUUUUAACCAUUAAAGUAAGCUCAUUGGCUGAGAGUGUCAGCUGAUCACUUUUAACCAUUAAAGUAAGCUCAUUGGCUGAGAGUGUCAGCUGAUCACUUUUAACCAUUAAAGUAAGCUCAUUGGCUGAGAGUGUCAGCUGAUCACUUUUAACCAUUAAAGUAAGCUCAUUGGCUGAGAGUGUCAGCUGAUCACUUUUAACCAUUAAAGUAAGCUCAUUGGCUGAGAGUGUCAACUGAUCACUUUUACCCAUUGAAGUACCACCAGGCUGAACUCCAGCAGAGAGCUUCUUGCUUCCAUAGAGGCAGGGAGCAGCACUUGAGGGUAAGAAGUCAAGCCAUUAGCGUGCUGUAGUGGUCAUGGUGCUUGGAGUGUUUCUUUAUAAGUUUCUUUCAUGUUUGUUUUAUUAUCUUCAGAUUAUUUGCAACCAAAAUUAAAACUAAUGUGCUAUGAGGAACUUAAAUUGGGAACAAGGUCAACAAGUCUUGCACUAGGGUGUGUCUGGACAAACCCCAUGUUCUACAGCUGUAUUACUUCUAAACUUGUUUCCUGUUUCUGACAGUUCACUGCUUCUAGCCAGACUGAGGCUCGUGAAUGGGUCGACCACAUACAGUUUUUGGUAAAAGGUAAGUUUACUUUGGACACCACAUCUGUUGUCUUCUCUGUUGUGUGUAAUUUGGAUCCUACUCCAGAAGAGCUGUAGUACCAGUGAUGUACAAACUUGAUGUACAAGGGGCACCAUGUGGCAGAUGCCUGCUCAACCAAUGUGCCCUGAGCGUUGAGGAAGCUGCUGGGAUCACUCCGUGCAAUGGCUGCACAGUGCCCUGUACUGAUGCUGGAAGCCAGGAUGUGACAUCACCCAUUCUCUGGCAUUACUAGUGAGCUGCAGUUUUGUCAUUAGUGUUUAGAUGCCAGAUGCACGUUCUGUUUGUAUAUGUAUACUUACAAUGCUGUCAUUUCCAACUUGAUAUAAUGAAAAUAAACCAUUAUAAAUGUUUUUUACAUGCAAUAUGUUAUUUUUCAGUUUUAUGACCAUGCUAUAGUCAAUAUGUCUUCUAAGUUUUGUAUAUAUCAAUGGACCGGCCAAUUGGGCAUCCUUUGUUCCAUUAUAACUUGGUGCAGAAGGGGAUGGGUGGAAAGGCAGAGAUGCUAGCAGCAGGCCCCUGCUAGGUUAUUGGGACACUCCCAAGUUGGCUUUACUUGAAAGUUAUGAGAGAAUUAUUCACCAGUUCUUUUCUGGUUUUAAGAGUAUGCUGCUAAGUCCCAGUCCUCUUCAGUUUAGGAAGAUGGGGCUUUUUUUUUGCAUCAGUGGCUAAAAUUGUUUUCCCAUUACGCUGCUAUGCGCCUUUCUUCAUUUUAAAGUGGAUAGUUAAAGGAAAUUUUAAAAGACAACAAACCUUUUAAUACUUGUCCCCCAUUAAAUGCUUACAUUGUGUAAGGUUAUUAAAUUGCCAAAGCACUUCGGGCUUAAUAUCGGCCUCUGAUGAAAAAAGCUCUUAAUGAAGCAUUUGUGGCUGUCAUUAAUUUGAGCCCCAGGUGUCUUGUGAAUUAAGAGUAGGGCGUAGAUUGGCUUAAUGUAGCGAUGUCCAAACGCAAGAGUUUUAAGUUUUCUCUCGUUAACAUGAAAUUAACCAUUUUUUUUGCAGUACUAAGCAAUCUGCUCUCUUGUGGCCUUUGAGAUUUUAAGUCACAUGCCUUUGUCACUAUUAUCUAUUGUUGUGCUGCUUUGUAGAUAUACUUUCAACCACCAUUCCGUGUGAGGACGAUGAUGAUGAUAAUGAAUCUUAUGAUGAUGUUGAUAGCAUGAACUCUUCGGUGGCAUACCCUACAAUGGACAGAUCAAGCAGCCCCCAGGACGAUGACAUCUAUGAAGUGGUUCCAGGUUAGUUGUAACCCUUAGAACUUGCAUUGUUGUGUCUGUCACCUGAAUGCAGAUGCACAUUAUCCACAUGCAGCCUUGGUAUGGACACAUUCUUCACCCAUAUGCCUCCCAGCUAAAGGCUUUACUUAUUCCACACAUUUGAUGACCUUUUUUUGUUUUAUUAUGCUAAUGUGCGCAUUCACUCAGCUCAGUCUGUUCCUUGUGUCCCGACCAGCGCACAAACGCAGGGGGAAAAAAAGCAUUAUUUCCACAGCAAGUCAUCGUCGUUAAUGAAGUUUUACAAAAACAGACACAACCGAGGAAAAAUAAAAUUUCACAGGUGAUAAAUUUUUCCAAUUUCCCUGGCAGAAUUGGAUCAGAUUGUUAAAUUAAGAGUGAAGGUGUCUGUUAGACAGCAAGGAGCGGUGAUGGGUAAUUUUAUAGAGUGGAAAAUUGAAUCAAAUUGCUACAUUAAAACCCAGCUCCUGCGAGAAUUUUCUGUACUGCCGUCCACUUUGUCACUGUUCAAAGUCCGUGCACAGCUGUGCCUUAGGCUCCUGUUUUCUGCACUGCUGGCCAUUCUGCCCACGACUGGCAACUGCUCUCUGCCCCAGCUAAGAAAGCAGGGCUGGCAAUGAAAGAAGAAGAUAAGUGGGGGGCACAUGGAGCUAAAUAAACUGAUGGAGUAGCACAUGGUACAUCUGUUUCCUGAGAUCUCCACUGGAACAAACAGAACAUCCAAAAUGCUUGAACGGUUUCCAAUUGUAAAUAAAUUCUAGUGUAAUUUUACUAACUUGAGCCCUGAGUUACUUGACAUGGUCAGUAAAAAUAUAUUAGAGGGAGGUGGGUAUGUGAAAACCGUACAACAACUGCACCACAGUUUGGACUAAUCUAAAAUGCAUUUUGUAUAGUUAUUGUGUUUUAUUCAGUUGUACAAAGACUAGACACACAUGAACACGUUAAUUAAUAAAGCUCUCUCAAAUGUGCUUAAUGUUGAUGUUGAUCAACUUGCGCCCACAGUAAUUUCAAGCACUAGAGACACAUAUCUAAUUCAAGACUGAUUCCGUCCUUAGCAUAUUAAUCUAUCAGAGCUGACCUUCUCUCUAUGCACAAGACCUUUCUAGCCCUCCUGUCGUCUUGGAGAUGAGCUGGGAUACAGAGAGAAGACUGAGUCCAUUAAUGGCAAUAAAUGUAGAUGAGCGCAGAGACUGUCUGCGAUUACAGAAGGAAAAAACUCUUCUCUCAGGAGAAACUUCCCGUAAGGCAGCAAGAAAGUGAAACGGAUCACUCUGGAGCCCUGUGGGAGCAGCACAGCACGGCUGGGAUAGUCUUACUGGCCUCCUCCGUGUGGAGGGGGCAGUAUCACUUAGCACAGUGCCAGGAAGACUCUUCAUUCAAGCUUCACCUUGGGCACUGAACAUGGGGGAAGGUGCAGGUGUCUUAAACGAAAAGUGUUGUGUUCUGCAAGAUUAAAAUAUGCAGAAAAAUAGUCUUCUCUUUGUAAUUGCUUGCAUUCAAAUAAUUUUACGAUAGACCAAAAAAAAAAAAAAAAACUACAUUGAUCCCUGCUUCUGUAACUUAGAGAAGGUCACAACUGUUCUUACAUUCUACUUAAUGGAAUGUGCAGGCACUGUCCCACAAGAGGAAAUAUUUUCAGAUAUAGUCUUGUCACUGAGUCAAAGAGAAGACUUCUGAAAGCACAUUGUAAUUGGGGUUAUGUCAGCUGGCACUAGCUGGAUCAUUGAUAUUCAUUGACCCAAAGGGUUUGCCUGUCUUCAAGUCAUGUCACCUUGAAAUAGAUAGCCUUGUACUGGGGUGGAAGGAGACUACAAGCUUUGUCGCUUCUGUGUUAGAAGAACUUGUCAGCAUUGAGUUGGUUUGCUUCUAGACUCUGGUGAUGUUAAGUUGACCUGCUGUGCGACUUUUUUUUAAUGCAAGAGAAAGAUAUUCUGCUUGGAUUAGACCAAUAGCUUGUCUGCCUUCCGAGUAAGUUAAGUGUAGAGGAAUUCUGUGAUAGAAUUUGUCACUGAAAUAAUUAUACUGCGGAUCUGGUAAUUUAGGUAAGGGUUACUCAAGUGACCUGCCAAUAAGGUAAGGUGUUCUCCCAAGGCCUAACCCUGAUGUCACUUUGAUUAAGAUUAAGGUUAUCAUUAUGGAUGAGACAGUUUGAGUUGAUGUUAGCCUGCUCAAAGGGUCUGUCAGUCCAGUUUGACUACUUGAAUUAUCUGUCACUGCAGCUGGCCACCCUUUAGUUCCUGACAUUAUCUAUACACCGCCAAAGAAAAAAAGGGGGAUUGCACUCAAUCAUAAAAACCACAGGGUACUAGCGGAGUAUGGGUCAACAUAUCCUAUAGCAACCAGCAUACAUUUUGACCUCUGAUCAGGUCUUAAUCACGCGCAGAGCAACGUUUCGACCUUUACCUGGAUCUUUGUCAAGCUUAAUAAAGACCUGGGUACAGGUUGAAACAUUGGGGUGUCCAUUAAAUCAGCUUGAUUCAUCACAGUGAGUGCCUGAGAUUAUUCCUUUUGUAUUGACUAUACACCUGUCAUUGAGAUUAGACUUGUUUAAGGGCCCUCUCACCGUUCAAGACAUUUUUGAGCCCACGGCCGCACUGGGAAACAAAUUUGUCCCGGGCAUUUUUUAAUCAUAGCUGCCCACUUAGAAGGGGCGGGGCCAGAAGGGGGGGGAGGUUUGUCAUCACCAAUGGCAAGCACGCCCCCUCUCAAAGUGAGCAUGUUGGUUCAGUGCUCUUACAGGGCAGACCAUGCGCAGAGCUUUACUGAAGAGCUCUAGCGUGAGAAAAAAGCCCUGUAUUUAUUCUGUGCAGCGCAAGUAUUUUUAUUAACUUGCUUGCGCUGUGUUUUGUUUGUAGCUUGUCUCUGGUGUCCCAUAAGUGGGAUACCAGGAGAUAAAAGAGCCAGGAAAGAGUAUUGUGCAUGUGUUUGGAGCCUGCUUGUGGGAUUGCGUGUGUGUAGAGUGAGCUGAUUGUGUUGUGAUGUUGUGUAAAUAGUUCGGUUUCAGUUGUGUUGUGUUUGUGGGGUAAUGUGUGGCUAGGGGCUGUAGAGAGUGAGAAUGUGUGUAUAGGCAGCAUAGACUGUAUAGAGGUUGUAGAGUGUUUGCUUACAAGAAAUCUGGUGUGUGCGUAGGGGAUCCAAAGUUUGUAUGCCAGGAAUGUAGUGUGUGAGAAGUGGAUAUAUUGUGUGUUUGAAGGACCCAGAGCGUGAGUAGGAGAUCUAGUGUGUGUCUGUGUGCAUACAGGAUUCAGAGUGUAUAUAGGGAUUUAGUGUGUGUAGAUGAUCCAGAGUUUUGUAAGGGAUCUAGUGUGUGUCUGGAAUGUAAUGUGUGCAUGAGGGGUGCUAUGUGUGUGUGACGCAGUGUGCGAAGGUGCGGUUUGUGUGUGUCUGUGUGUGUUUGUGGGGUGCUGCGUUUAAGGAGUGCUGUGUGUGUGUGAGGGGUGCUGUGUGUGUGUGUGAGGGGUGCUGUGUGUGUAUGUGAGGGGUGCUGUGUGGGGGGGGUGGUUCUGUGUGUGUAAAUAUGUUUGGAUGUAUUGUGUGUGUGGGGGGUUAAAUUAAUGUAACUAAAUAUUUUUUUAUUUUAAUUAAAAACAAAAAACAAAAAGUAGAAUGCCCUGUCCCUUCUUACUUUUUGCCUGGGAGGGGGUAUUGUGCAGCCAUCCCUGGUGGUCCUAGUGGUGAGAGUGAGUUUCACUCUCUCUUUGCCAUGGUAACUGCAGCAACACUCAGACCUUGCGAGAGGAACCUGAUGGAGCUGCAAGCCAGAGCUCCCCGUGUUCCCCCCCUGUCUCCCUCCAGCGAGCAGCUGCCUUUCACUGCCUGAGGGCCGGUGAGGGAGAUCUUUGAUCUCCCCACCAGCCCAUAAAGGAACACAGCAGGGCCGGCGCUAUCCAGCAGGGCCGGCAGGGGAGAUCUUUUGAUCUCCUCUGUCGGCCUCAGCCCCUGGCCAUCGGGGCCCACCGGACAUUUGCCCGGUAUGCCUGUUGGCCAGUCCAGGCCUGCUCAAGACCCUUAUAAUAGGCUUACUGAAGGGUUCUGUCACUCCAAAUAGACAAGCUUCAGGUUUCUAACACUCUUGGUACAGCAGCUGUAUAGCCAAUGACUAUGAAUCGUCAAGCUCAAAAUGCCAUUUUGGAUGGCCAGCUAAAGGACUUUUGUCAUGCAGAGUGAUGGGGUUCAGGAGUCUUGAACUAUCAUUAGGCUUGUCACUCUGUAGGAAGAUUUUUACUGAUGACACUGUCACUUAUUUUGUUGAGUACACAAUUGCUGAUUAGUCUGCUGCAGAACCAUGUCUGUUAUGAAACCUUGUUAGAAUAGCGUAGAGCACUUUCAGUGUCAGUAAAGUGCCAGAGAACUAUGCUAAUAAAUAGAGCACACUCUCCUUAUUUGGCACCCUUUUGACAUAUUAAUACAAAAUAAAACUUUUACAUUAAUGGCUUUGUUUUUUUGUUUUUUUUUUAUCUUCAAUUCUGCUAGAAGGAAAUCUGUUCUUACACGGGUAUUUUUUAUGUAUCGUUUCAAAGGGUCUGCUCUAGGCCCUCUUUGGCUUCUCUGUUAUCUGUAUAGCCAUGUGACUUUUGAGAAGGAAGCAUUAAGAAAUCUCCCUGUGCAGCACAGAGGAGAUCAUAUUCCAGACAGACUGGUACAGCAGCGGAUGUUUGCGAUGGAGAGAGCAUUGGGACCUGAAGGUUCCUGCAGUGCCAUUUACAUCAGACCAGGAAAACAAGCAGACGUUCAUUUAGCAGGCGUUGUUGAAUACUUUAUUAGAUCCUCUGCAUUAUAGUUAUAUUUUUCAAGCUUUGCUGUCCAAUCAGGGUGUUUAUGAAUUUUGGAGACCUUUCUACCCUCUCUCACUCCCUGAGCACAUUCACAGAAUCUAGAUUUUAUGCACAUCUGUUCAGUUUUGUGGGGAUUUUUUGUUUUUCGUUUUUGCUGGUUUGGUUUUCUGCUGUUGAUCUAUUUUCAGAGAUUAACUACAGUUUAUUUUUUUUUAAAUAAUACUUACUUUGAGAAGAAUAAACACCUUUAAUAGCAUAUCACUUAAGACAGAAGGAUAGUAAUUUGCCUUCCCUUUUGUCUCUAUUGCCAAUACAGUUGCCUUGUUAUAGUCAAGAAAGCAGAUGAAGCUGCGCUCAAUAAUUUAUUUUCAAAUCAAUGUGAAUGAGUUUGUGUCUGGCGGACGCAAAAGCUUCAUAAUCAAGUCUGAUUUAUUUAAGAGAGUUGUUUCUCUCUAAUGGGGGCAGAGCUGGCGAAGCACUGACCCUCCUGCUUGGGACCCAAUUUGUAUCUCACAGAGCUGACCUAAUUCUCAUUGAUUGUCGUUGUUAGCAGAGACAACUGUGUACAGGCAUUAGAAAUUAGAUGGGCUGCGGUCCAGGAAGGAGACACUGCAGCACAAUGCUUUUUGAACUUGUCUGUAAAUCCUGUACUAUUUUCAGCACUAAAAUUUAGUGUCCUAUGUAAGGCAAAGGUUGAAUUUUUUUUUUAAUGUUUUAAUAUUGUGGAGUACAAUUUACCCAUAUCACCUCAGUACCCUUGUUUCUUAUUACACUCCUCCUUCUGUAAGAUUUUUCCAGAGCUGCAUCCGUCUUUUAAAACCAUUAAAGCCAACUUAUCCAUCACUUUCUUCCACAGCUUUCUACUUAUUAAAUACAACCUCAAUAAUCUACUAUAAAACAGCUAACUUUAUUGGAAUAAAAACAUGAACAUUUCAGUGAACUCAAUAUCAUGUUGUGCACUAUCUCUCCUUUUCUCAUUUGGUCAAAUUAUGCCUUCCUGAAUAUUACAGGUUUACUAAAGGGAAAAGCAAAUAACAUGGAUACAGCUACCAUUUCCUAUAGUAAAACUUCCUGUGUUCCAUUUCCCAGUUUACCAGCUGAACUCAUUUUUAUAUUAUCUUUUGGACCCAUUUCAUUUUUCUGAGAAAAUUUACAUUUUAUAUAUGGCUGCAAUGUUGGGUCAAAUUCUAUUGUUACGUGACCAACUGCUGCUCAACCUAACUGGCCUGCUGGUUCACAAAUUCGAAUAUGACCCAAAAUGGCUUCUCCUCUUCUAAAAAAAAAAAAAAAAAAGUAAAAUUUUCUCAUAAAUCAUUUAAAAACAACAAUUGUUUUAUUAAAUGCAGCAAACUUUAAGAAGUGACAAUUUGGCAUUUAAGCAAUCCUCAUAUCAAACAAAAGAGAAGAUAAGGUUGCGCCAGAACAGAAUAGAAAAAGUAUAGUUACGAAUAUAUAAAAAAAAUCCAAUAUAAAAAAUAAGACAUCCAAUAAAAGUCCAAAUAAAACUUGCCAGAAGAUAUAAUCUUAAAAUAAACUUGCCUCAAAUAUGUCCAGAAUAAUUAUUCUAAAACAUUGUCAGAUCAGGGUAUUUGUCAGGAUCCUAUGCAAUAUUUACAGCUUAAUCUGCUUUCAGAGACUGUCCUAAGUUAGUGCUUUCCUGUAGUCACCAAAAGGGCACCUAUAGUGGAUGGCUGGUGUGCCCAAUCCAAUAGGAAUCUGGUCUGGAUUCCAAAUCUACACAUAAAAAAGGGGAAUUGGGGCACACCCGGAACAUGUAUUUUUAUGGAGCAGUGCUGCAGUAAAGAUCAAAAGACAGAUUUAAUAAAUAAAAAAAUCUUGCAAUGCAUAUACAAGAGCAUGUAUUGACAUAGGAAACAGCAUGCAUAUACAUACAUUUAAAAAUGUUGUGUUUAUAGGCAUUUUUAUUGUACUGCACAAUUUAUGGUGUAAUGAGAUAAGGCUAGAUAGACAUGUCAUAGGACACUACCCACAUUAAAUAUAAAAUGCUAAACAUGGAUAAACAAGGAGAACAAUCAGGCUAAGUGAACAAACAAGUGAGUAUGUCCCGGACACAAAGAUAAUGAGUAGCAUGACACACAAGAGGCCCCCUGGGCAAGAAUUAGUGUUAGGCUUCAUGACCUACAAUGUUAACUACCUAUUGGGAUGAAUAAAGGCUUUCAAACUAUAUAUGUGGUACCAUGUAUGGGGAAGGCUCCAUAGGGGAAUUAAUGCCAGAUGGCAGUAGUUCCAGUCCAGUUUAUCCUAAGCCUUUCUGGGGCAUGUGAUAGACUUGGGUCAGCCAGGCAGUUAUCAGGAAUAAGAGCCCAAGCAUAUGGGGGGUGGGGGGGAUAACGGGGCUGUAACGGACCGUUUUGCACAAAAGGGGUAAAAACCGUUUAGGCGAUCGGCCCCCUUUCCAGAGAUACAGGCACAGCUACUGCAGAACAACAAACUCCUGAACUGGAUACAAAAUAGCACUUCAACUCCCGAACUGGAACCUCCCAAAUAGCUGCUAGCAGACGAACAGGAAAAGCAGACAAUCAGCUUACACUCCUGGCAAUCAGUCUCUAACAGCAUACAGUGAAUCCCCCCAAGAACGAGACAAGGCUCCGUGUUGAGGGGCAAGCAGUGGUCUGAGGUGCUGGCACACCCAGCCUGGUUUUUAUUACAGUCUUGCAAGUACAGGACCGCCCACAGGGAGGUAUAAAACAACCAAUCACAUCACAGUUACAUCCCACAUAUUCCCUCCCCUUAUCCUGAGAGGAAACUCAAUUACACAUACAGUUAAAACAUACUUUCUACCCAACUUUCAUAACUCUAAAACCAUACAUCACAUUCACAUAAAAUUACAUAUUCACAAUCAAUCCAUUCAGGGGAACAACAUAUUAAAAAUGGCACAAAUCAGACAAGGGGUUCAAAAGUUAGUAAAAAGUCCUUUGUGACUAAAUGAAGCAUGGCUUUCUGGCCCAAACCAGUUUCAGAGUCUUCUAUCCUGGAGAUAAGUAAUUCAAUUAUCUCCCAGGACAGACACAAGACUCCAUUAAGCACAUGGUUGCAAAAAGACACAAAACACUUUAAAAUACAUAAAGUCACAUUUAUUACAUAAAACACAGACAUGUAACAUAUCCCCAGAUAGCUCAGGUCUGAGCGCACAUUAUUAAGUGAAUGGCGCUCAGACCACACGAAUACAGUUUAAUCGCCAUGGAGCCAAAGUAUUUACAGUCAGUUUCAUACGAAUGGGCUCCAUGGGAUUCCUAUCUGGGGUAUAACACAUUCAAUCAAAUCUACUGAACCCCAGGCAGAAAAGCACGAAUACAGCUUUUCUGCAGGCAAAAAUAAAGUCUUUUAAAAGGGGGCCAUAGUCCAAAGGCAGCAGGCGAGCAACCAGGCUUCUCCAAUGCAAUGUGGCGAGAUUGGUCUCGUCACAGGGGCUUUAUCAGGAUAGUUGCUUCAGACUACUUCCCUGUAAGGGGAUCAGCCUCCUCCCCUGCUUAGUGCACUCUAGGGCGCAUCAGUCACGCUGGGGUGGUCAAGCUCCCGGUAAGUCACUAGUCGCUGUUUGGCUUUUCAGGUAGGUUAUGAAGUUAACCCCUCUUGGAGUUUGGCUGUUUCGAGCAAGAAAGAUAAAAAAAAAAACAGCAGUUUUUGUCAGAACAGCGGCGGAGCUCUUUCUGAAUGAGUUUCUCCACCAUGACAGCCAGCCCCCUCCCCCCCCUCAAAAUACAGAUUUUAAGUAACCUUGUAAAAAAAUUUAACUCUCUCUCUCUCUCUCUCUCUCUCUCUCUCUCUAUAUAUAUAUAUAUAUAUAUAUAUAAAAUAUUCAAAUACUUGCACUCCUGUAGAGAUAGAUUAAUGCCUGGUGCUAAUAAAGCAAAUAACAUAAAAAUAAAAAUGGUAGGUAACAGCACUCUAAGGACUUCAAAAAGUAAAUGGUGAAAAAAAUUUAGCUUUUAUUCAGCAACUGCCACACACAAUCGACGUUUCAGUUCUUAAUACAGAACUUUCAUCAGGAAUUUUUUUUCACCAUUUACUUUUUGAAGUCCUUAGAGUGCUGUUACCUACCAUUUUUAUUUUUAUAUAUAUAUAUAUAUAUAUAUAUAUAUAUAUAUAUUUAUUAGUGAGCGGAAUGGUUGUUGAAGGAAGAUAUAUCAGGCCUGCUUUACUAAACAGCAGCCAGAGAGUUUUUAGUUAAAUGUCCCAGGGAGAGACAUUAAGUUUGCAAUAUACAUUGCUGAUACUAUGCAAAACACGGUAUGGGUCCCUGGGGCGGAGCAUUUGGAGAGCAGGGUGGGCCAGUGCUCCAAUAGCACUAGUUGCUAUAUAACAGCACGACCAGAUCUUGUAUAUACCUUAGGAGUUCCAGAGAUGUGAAUUAAUUGAUCCUCACCUGUAACUGGUCAAUUGGCAGGCAGGCUUUUAAAAUAAGGGAUCAGCCUGCUGCAGAGUGAGGGAGAAAGAGCCAGAGGAAUGGUGUAUUUUGCAGCUAUAUUUUGCUAUUGUAAAUUGUAAAUUGGUAAGUGGGAAAGCCACCCAAUUCCAGUUAGUGAUUAUUGUGUUUAGUAAGUGCUCAAACAAGAGCAAGGAAUUUUGUUUUGUUUAUUUUAUUUUUACACACCUGUAUAUUUUGCACCAAUUAAAUCAGAAAAACUGAGCUGGAUGUGUCCUGGACUUUGAUUACCCUAGAAGGCUGUGGUUACCAUAAGAUCUGUGACAAAAUCCUACCGGUAAAAGAGGUGGUUUGUUACAAUAUAUAUAUAUAUAUAUAUAUAUAUAUAUAUAUAUAGAAAAAAACAAAAGCUUUGCACUCCUACUUACAAAAAUGUAGAACCCCGGUGCUAGAUUGCAAUAGACAUGCAGAACAGAAAAAAAUCAGCACUCCCAGGAUUUUUAAAUAAAGCUUAUUUUUACUCCAAAUAUCGACGUUUCAGUUCCUACCAGGAACUUUCAUCAGGAUAACAACUAUAUAGCACCUCUGCUAUAUAGGUACAAUUUUAACUCUAGUUGUCUCCUUUUUAAUUAUUGACAGUAAGUUUUAAAGGGACAGUUGUAUAUUUUGGGAUAAACAUAUCAAACACACUUAUUUAAACUCAACAAGAGUUUCGAAAACUUGUCUGUAUCCAUCAAAGUUAUACACAGAAAUGCUGUUAUAAUUUUAUGUUUCUUUCUUAAAGGAACCCUUUUGGGUCAGAAACACAAACAUGUAGUGUUAACAACACUAUCUAGCCCCCCUAGAUAAAGUAAAAUCUUACCUUUGUUUCAGUCUGCUGGUGCUGGCUCCUCUCUUGAUGUGCCUCCUUGGUUGACAUCAUCAGAAGUGAUGAACUCAGCCAAUCACAAUGCUUUCCCAUUCUGAUGAUCUUGGCUAAGGAGGCGGGCCUGGGGCCAGAGCCAAAUGCCACCCUGACCAAUCAGCAUCUCUUCAUAGAGAUGCGUUGAAUCAGUGUCUCCAUACAGAGGGUACGACAUUAAACAUUAAGCUGUAGUUGUUCUGGUGAUUAUCGUGUUCCCUCAACCCCUUAAAAGGACAUUAUAGUCACCAAAACAACUUUAAGUUGAAGCAGUUUUUGUGUGUAGAUCAUGCAUCUGAAGUUUCACUGCCCAAAGCACUGCCAUGUGGGCAUUAAAUCACUUUUGUUUCUGUUUAUUCAGCCCUAGCCACAUCUCUCCUGGCUAUGACUGACACCGCCUGCAUGAAAACAAAACGGUUUCAUUUUCAAUUAGAUGUAACUUAACUUUAAACAUUUUUAUCUCCUGCUCUGUAAAUCGAACUUUAGUUACAUACAGGAGUCUCCUGAAGGAUGUAUAUUAUCGAACUAUUAACAGAGCAGGAAAUAAGAAAUUCUAAAUUAAACCGAAUUUGCAAUAAAUCCCUCCCUCACCACUCACUUUGGACCAGCGGGAUAUAUCCCGGUCACCACUAGCAUCCUGAUAAAAUCACCUUACCGAGAACUCCAGCUUACUGGAGUUCGGGAGUUGAGGCCUAGCAGCCAAUAUGUUUUUUUGGUUUUUUUUUUAUCAGCUACAAUUAAUUUUCACUGGUUCAACUCCAGAAUUGGUAUUUCCCUUGUUUUACUCAAAAGAGAAAGGAAUAUAUGUUUGUUCUUUCCACAGGUUGCAAUCACAUUUUCUCUUGUAAUGUAAUCUGAACCAGAUAAGUGAGGUAUAUAGCAAUAUGGACUCUGUAAUUGUGUGAUGUACUAUGAUUUUCAUUCUUCUGUUAGAUGAGGUGUGUUGACUAAUGAUAGGUUGAUUGGAUGUUAGUUUUAUGUCCCUUCUAGUUGAGGAAUGUUAGUGUCUCAUCUUGAUGAGGUGUGUGAUGCUCUGAUCUGUCCUGUUAGAUAAAGGAAGUGGAUCUUGGUCUAGGGAUUUAACUUGUAGGCGUGUAGCCCAGGUAGAUUAGCUGCUUUUUGGUUUUACUCUGACAGAUGAGGAGUGCAGAUGUCUGCUUCGUGUUUAUAAGUUAUGUUGGUGUCUAGCCCAAAUAGAUGAAUUGUGAUUUUCUAUCUUUGGUACACAUAGUAUGUUUAAAUUUGACCUUUCCUGGUUACUUCUUUUAAUUCCAGAUGGAGAGGAAUUCGAGCUUUCUGAAGAUCUUAAAAGGACAAAUGAUCACUCACAAUCCGGUAUGAAUAAACAUUUGCAACUGGCUGUGGGGGUUUGCUGCUUUUAUUGUCUAUAGUUAGCGUGAGGUGGAUUGCUAGUUAUUUGAAAUAUUUAUCAAUAAAAUAAAUACAGAAGUAACAGAAGGCUAGGUCUGCUUCAUGUUGUCUCUGUCUGGUGCAUGGUAUGUCAUGUUUACCUUACUAUACAUGAAUUUAAAGAGAACCUAUUCAUAUUCCUUUACAGUUAAUUGUAUUCUAUUAUAACUGCUUAUCCCCUACUUCAGACUCUGAUACAACUCCUCAUUGUUAUCACCAUGAUUAAAUCUUAGUUCUUUGGGAAGUGAACUAUUUUUGUAAAUUGAUGCCGAGUAGUGUGCCUUGUGUUUUCCAAGUAGUGUCUGAUUCUGAAUAAGUGACCACAGGGAAAUCUUCAACCUGGGGUACUAUGUAUAUUUUAUUUGAUUAAAGGAACACUAAAGUCACCUAAAUUACUUUAGCUAUAUAAAGCAGUUUUAGUGUAUAGAUCAUUCCCCUGCAAUUUCACUGCUCAAUUCACUGUCAUUUAGGAGUUAAAUCACUUUGUUUCUGUUUAUGCAGCACUAGCCACACCUCCCCUGGCUAUGAUUGGCAGAGCCUGCAUGAAAAAAAAAAACUGGUUUCACUUUCAAACAGAUGUAAUUUACCUUAAAUAAUUGUAUCUCAAUCUCUAAAUUGAACUUUAAUCACAUACAGGGGCUCUUGUAGGGUCUAGCAAACUAUUAACAUAGCAGGGGAUGAGAAAAUCUUAAUUAAACAGAACUUGCAAUAAUGAAAGCCUAAAUAGGGCUCUCUUUACAGGAAGUGUUUAUGGAAGGCUGUACAAGUCACAUGCAGAGAGGUGUGACUAGGGUUCAUAAACAAAGGGAUUUAAUUCCUAAAUGGCAGAGGAUUGAGCAGUGAGGCUGCAGGGGCAUGUUCUAUACACCAAAACUGCUUCAUUAAGCUAAAGUUGUUCAAGUGACUAUAGUGUCCCUUUAAAAGCACUGGAAAUUGGAUUUUUAAAAAUCCUGCCUUUUGUCAUGAACAAUAUGUAGCACAGUGUUGAUUAACUUGGUCUCGGGAUUCUGAUGUAACUCUACCCUUUUCUAUAUAUUUUUUUAUCUUUCCGCAGAUGACUCUGUAAUUAAUUAUUCAGAUUACUACCAAGGACUAUGGAAUUGCACAAGUGACAACGGUGAUGAGCUUUCAUUCCAGCGUGGUGAUAUUAUUCGCAUCCUCAGCAAGGUGAAAUGUUGUGCGGAAGGCAAGACUUGGGCACUGGGGUAGGAGGCGAGAUAAGACAGCAGAUGUAGAUCAGAAUUGCUCUGAGAAUGGGACUAUAUAUGACAGUCUGAAGUGAAAAUCUUAGUAUCUCCACUCAGAGUUUGGGAGAAAGAGGAAAGCUAAUUAACUGAAAGCAGC